AUGGCCAUGACAUUAUUCAAUGGCUUUUACCUAGUUGUGACGAUUAUGAUAAGUUUUUCUUUGUUUUUUAGAACAUCUUUGUGUUCUGAAAUUACUGAAUCACCUUCUUAUGCACCAAAGCCAUUGUCAUCAUAUGAGAAAUAUUUAAGUGAGUGUGCAAUCCAAGGUUGGUACAAGUGCAACGUCGAUGCGGCAUUUCAUAGAAAGCAAAACAGGACCAAUUUCGGAUGGUGCAUUCGUGACGAUGAAGGACAGUUUGUCAAGGCGGAGACGGCGUGGAUGAUGGGCAAUUGCAGCAUUGUAGAAGGUGAAUCCCUAGCCUUACUUGAAGCAUUGAAAGCAUUGGAACAAAGUGGCAAAACUCAUGUUAUUAUUGAAACGGAUUCUAAAAAUGUGGUGGAUGCAAUUCGUCAUUUACGCGGUGGAAGCUCUGAAUUUAGUUCCAUUAUUCGCCUUAUUAAUAAUAUUCUGUUAUGUAAUCCAAACUUCAAGAUUGAGUUUGUUAAGCGGCAAGCGAACAUGGUUGCUCACACCCUUGCUAGGGCGGCCAUUUCUUGGUCUAGCCGCUGUACUUUUGAAUCCUUACCUACUUGUAUUUCUUUGUUAUUGAGUAAUGAAAUGAGAUAG